CCAUCUGCAACCACCCACGCUCCAACCGCCAAGAUGAAGAUCACAUUCAAGGACCUGAAGCAGAACAAGUUCGUCAUCGAGGCCGAGCCUUCAGAAACGAUUGGCGCCCUCAAGUCCAAGAUUCAGGCAGAAAAGGGAUGGGACGUUCCACAGCAAAAGCUCAUCUACUCGGGCAAGAUCCUCCAAGAUGCCAACACGGUCGAGUCGUACAACAUUGAGGAAAAGGGCUUCAUUGUCUGCAUGGUCUCCAAGCCAAAGGCCGCCCCUGCUGCAUCGUCGAGUAAAGCUGCGCCUUCGACACCUGCGCCAGUACCAGCCCAGACGCCCUCAGCCCCUGCACCAGCAGCAGCAUCCAGCACACAGAAUGCCCCCGCUACACCUUCGCCCGCGCCUGCUCAGGCAUCGGGCGAGCGCUUCAACGACCCCUCUGCUCUGACCAUGGGUGGCGAACGCGAGGCCGCCAUUGCCAACAUGGAGAGCAUGGGUUUCGCAAGAGCUGACAUUGACCGUGCCAUGCGCGCCGCCUUCUUCAACCCCGACCGAGCGGUUGAGUAUCUGCUGACGGGCAUCCCCGAGAGCGCACUGCAGGAGCAGGCGCAACAAGCACAAGCCCGUGCGCCCACGUCGCCCACGCCUGCUGGCGGCAACACGGGUGCAACCUCUGCCACUGCUGCGAACCCCUCGUCCGGAGGCGAUGAGCCCAUGAACCUAUUCGAGGCUGCUGCCGCCGCCCAAAACCGGGGAGGUGCUGGCGGUGCUCGCUCUGGUGGUACUGGAGGUGCUGGCGCCGGCGCCCUCAACGCCAAUUCCCUCGACUUUUUGCGCAACAACCCCCAGUUCCAGCAGCUACGACAGGUGGUACAACAGCAGCCCCAAAUGCUUGAGCCCAUUCUGCAGCAGGUCGGCGCAGGCAACCCCCAGCUGGCCCAGAUGAUUGCAUCCAACCCAGAGCAGUUCCUGCAGCUGCUCGCAGAGGACGCAGACGAGGACGCGCCCCUGCCACCGGGCGCCCAAGCCAUCUCUGUCACCGAGGAGGAGCGCGAGGCCAUUGAGCGUCUGUGCCGCCUCGGGUUUGAGCGUGAUCUCGUCAUCCAGGCAUACUUUGCGUGCGACAAGAACGAGGAGCUGGCCGCCAACUUUCUCUUCGACCAGCCCGACGACGCCGACGACCAGUAGUCUCUUUUGGACUUGGGUGCCAGGAUUGUGCGACCUUACCAUACCCGAUGUCGUCGUUUGCCCGUCUGAUAUCACCGUUACAGUGACACAAAAACUUCAAUAUCAUGUCGAGUCGACUCGCGUCACGCGGUUCAAUGCAGUGCUUGGGUUCGCCGACUGAAGCUUCCGAUAGUCGCAUUGCUUUCCAUGACGAUAUAUGAUACCUUCCGAAUGCGGUACGAGUAGGGUGUGGGGGCCUGGAGUUGCUGGUUUUGGGGCAUGUAAAUGAACCAGUGUGUACGCUUUGCUAGGCGAAAGUAAUAGCUCAUCAAUAGAAAGCAAAAAAAUAAACAGUCUUCC